AUGUCUGAUAAGUCAAAUAACCCUCGUUGUUUUUCACAACCGCUUAUACACUCAAAUGGAUUAAAUAACUUAACACCUGUCUCACUUCCAGCUCUUAGUUCACUGAACGAUCAUACUGGAAACAGUUUAAACUUGGAUAAAGUCCAUCUUUCACUCAGUGUAUUACGAUUAGAUCCAGCUGAUCGUGCAGUAAUAAAGAUUGCCGAUGAGCGUGAUGCAAUACAAAAGAAGGCUUUCACAAACUGGGUCAACCAACAUUUAGUAAAGCGAAAUUGUUGGGUUCAAGAUUUAUUCCUUGAUUUACGUAAUGGAUAUCUGUUAGUACGUUUACUGGAAUGCUUGACAAAUGAAGUAUUGGGACUUGAAUAUAUUGAGAGUCGUGUUCACUGGAUUCAGAAUAUUCAACGCGUAUUAGAUUUUCUUCGAUAUCGAGGGAUUCGCAUAGUUAAUAUUAGAGCCGAUGAAAUUGUCGAUGGUAAUCCGAAAUUAACUCUAGGUCUUAUUUGGAUUAUUAUUUUACAUUUUCAAUUGGCGGAAUUAAUUGAUAAUCAGUCUAAAGUUCAAUCAAGUAUUCGUGUUAAUCUAUCGAUGGAUCAUGCAGCUAAGCAAACAUUACUCAGCUGGUGUCGAGCUGUUACAGCUAAUUAUCCAGGUGUAUAUGUAAAAGACUUUAAUGAGUCAUGGCGUGACGGACGCGGAUUUCUUGCUUUAAUACACCGUUAUAGGCCAGAUUUAAUCGAUUUCCGACAAGUGGAUCGUCAGUCAGCGCGUGAAAAUCUUGACUUAGCAUUCGAUUUAGCUGAACGUGAACUUGAAGUCACCCGCUUAUUCGAUGCAGAUGAUAUUGCAAAGAUAACAGAUGAACGAUCAAUUAUGACCUAUGUCGCUUCCCUUUAUGAUAAAUUAGUUUGUAAUUCUGCACAACGUUCAUCCUAUCCUUUACCAAUUAUACCUCCAAUGCCCUCCUUAUAUCAAGAUUCCAGUUCAUCUGGACCUAUAGAUUCAGCUUUCCAACUACAGGCUUCAAAUCAGCUUUCUGAUGAAUUGAAAUCACUUUGGUCUGAUUAUCGAGUUUUAGCUAGUGAUCUUAUUCAAUGGCUUCGGUCAACAACUGAUCGUAUGGCUAAUCGUCAUUUCCCAUCAGAUUUAAAGGCUAUGCAAGAAAGAGUUAUGGAUGAAAUUAGACGACAUCGACGCGAUGAACGACCUAGACGAGAAAGAGAACGACAACAACUAGUCCGCAUGUAUGAAGAAUUAAAGCCCUCUAUUGAACGUGGAUUAGUUCCAGUUGACUUAUUCCUUCGAAUUGAGCAAAUUCAUCGUUUGUGGGAUGAGUAUGAUGUAGCGUUACAAGAACGUGAAUUGGCAGCAAGAAAUGAAGUGCAUCGGUUAGAUCGUUUACAAUGGGCCGGUAACCGAGCUCUCCGUGAUUGCGUUCAGGUUCAGGCACAGUUGACCGCUUUGGAACGUCGAGCUACUGAGCUGAAAUCCGAACUACCUCAUCAACAUGCAUUAGAUGUUAGCAAUGAAUUAAGGCGUUGGCGUGAUCAAUUGACUCAGAUUGAAGCAAAAAUCAAUGGUUUAUUCAAUCAGGUUCAACAUCUUCGUACUGGAAGAUAUAAUCAAACAGAACAAAUUUAUCGGAAUGUUUGCACACUACACCAAAGAUUUCUAGAUCUCCAACGUUUGUACCGAGAGUUUACACAUUCCUCAUCCUCAUCAACUUCUGAACUUGUUGCCGACUCUUUUUGUUCACCGACAGUUAGUCUAUCAAAUCAUUCCAUGUUGACGUCUUUCAAAAGUGAUGCUAAUGGACAGAAUGUUCACCUUCAAGGGAAAUUAAUCAGUCCACUUGAACAGUGUAUGCGGUGGAUUACGGAGCAUGCUAAAAUUGUACAAACAGCAUCUUAUGGAACAAAUAGGAAGUCUGUUGAAGAGGCUGCCAGGCAUCAUGAACAAUUUCAUCGAGAAGUGUUAAACUUUAAAAACGAAAUUGAUCGAUGUAAAUCAAAUCAACAAAAGUUGCCAACACGAUCCCAGGAAGAAAAGCAAGUUCUAGAGGAAUCGUUUAAAAUACUUGAACAGAAUUAUCAACAAUUAGUGGAUGCAUCGGUUAAACGUCGUAAUAUGAUUCAGUCUUUAUUGGAAUUUAUUGAGCGUGCUCAUAAUGAAUUAAUUUGGCUGCGUGAACGUGAGUCAUGCGAAGUGACAAGAGAUUGGAAUGAAGUCUAUUAUGAUGGUUUAGAUCGUGUUCGAAUUCACUUUCAAAAACUUAUGCACGAUAUUCAUGAAAGAGAAACUGUCUACAAUGAACUCAGUGUAUUGGGUUCAUCAAUCCAGUUAGAGAAUUAUGCUGUAACUGAUCUUGUACAGACUUAUCUCAAUGCGUUAGAACGUCAUUGGGGUUGGCUAAUACAAUUAACGUAUUGUUUCGAAGCCCAUAUAGAACAAGGAACUCGUUUCCAAGGCUUUUUCAAUGAUGUUAGACAAUGUGAACUUAUGCUGACUACAGCAUUAGAGGAAUUGCGUUCGUAUUAUGAAUCAACUCUGAAGGCGACAACAAGUGAACGAGGUGAAGCACUACUGAAACAAUUACAAGAGCUGUAUACUCGAGUAAUCGGUCAAGAAGCAUUCAUUUUCCAAUUGGUUGACUUAAGUCAAGAAAUUGUGCCACCGAUUCCAAAUAAUAUAAAUUCACAGGAUGACAAUACCUCGACACUAAUUGGUCGUCGUAUACGUGUUCUCUGUUCAUUUCAACCGAAAGAUUAUUUUAUAGAUAGUCAUCAGUAUUUUUCUGGUGAUAUGCUGUCAGUUAAUUCUGUUAUCAAUACAAAUAAUAAAUCAAUUGUAAAUAGUAGUAGCAUUAUAGAACCUAUAUACUGGCCAAUCGGUGAUGCUACUGGCUAUUUUGAUAAAGGUGAUUUUCUAACAGUAUUGGAGAAUCCAGAAGAUAACAAACUACAAGUUCGUACACCUAAUGGAUCUACUUUGACUGUACCUGUGACAUGUUUCUUGCCAUGUUGGCCGUGUAAUGAAGCGAUGGACCGAGCUAAGCGUAUUAUAUCAACCCUACAACACUUUAAAACAUGUUGGUCUGAAUUGAAUCUACGGUUACGUGGACAUUUAUUAACUGUGGCAAUGUCUAAACUUAUUGAAACUCCCACUCAGUACGAUAUUCCUCAACAAAUGGAUAUACGAAAAGUGAUUUAUCGUGAUGCUGAAAGGUAUUGCUUAGAACUCCAACUAGCCAAUGUACCUCCUUCAGAAGUGGAAAACUUUAAGCAACAUUUUGUACUGUUUCAAAAUAAUUGUAUUGAACAAUUAAAUAAUGUCCCAACAACUAAUAGUAAUGAUGAUAAUAAUAAGGGAUUACAAAUUCAGUCCUCUGAGCUGUAUACAAUUACUGAUGAAUUGAGAACAAUAUUGAACACACUGACAGAACGUCUGAGAGAAUCCAGUUCUUUACCUUUACCAGGCAGAUCAACCGAUAUAGAGGCGCGCAUUAAAGAUCAUAAGGAAUGGUCUCACGCCUUAGCUCGUGUUUUGGCACAAUGUACUGAAUUGGAACAGCACCUUAAUCAGUCACUGGUGGCAAAUGAACACGAUAAACCUUCUAAUGGAUUAUCGGAUAGCAUACUGAGUACUAGUCUGUUUGCCUUACACAGAGCAGCUAGCGAAUUAGCUUUAACAGGUCAUGAGUUCGGCUGUCGUUUAGCGGAUGCUGAUGCAUGGAUUGCUCGCUUAGAACAGACGGAUCAAAUGUUGAUGGAUUGUGAACUAUGCUUAUUAGGAUGCGCUGUACGUGUACAUGGACUUUUGCAACUAGAUGAUCCGAACACUGAUCCAAGCAGUUCUACAGAUCCAGAUGGUCUUCGUGUCGCUGUAGUUGAAAGAGCUCACAGAGAUUUAAAGUCCGUAGCCGAACGUCUCCCACAAAUCCGAUCGGACUUGGAUUCGCUUAGUCAACAGUUAACUCGGUUUAUGGCCUCCAGUGGAACCUACGAAGAUACACUUAGCCGUGACCCUAAUUCCUGUGAAAACUCAAAUUUAAUAAAGUUGAAUCUGUCACUACCUGCAGAUAAUCACCACUUAGAAGCGAAUCUUGCCCACUCUGAACAUCGUUUAGCAGAGGCAACUAAAGAAGUUGAACAAGAACUUAAAGCAUUCGGUGAGUCGUUAGUACGUUUCUCAAAUUAUCAAAAGUUAUCCAGUCAACUUAUUUUAUGGCUAAGUGAAUUUGCUGGUCGUAUGCGAUCAUUCGGUGAAACGACUCAGUCACUGGGAUUGAAGUCUUCCAGUACAAAUACCGUUUCUGUACAAAAUCCUAAUUUGUUAAAAGAAGUUCUUAAACAAUCAGAUGAUUUAUUAACUGACUUACAAGAACACUCUGACGUUAUUGAACAACUGAACAAAGAAGUAGCCCAAUUGAUAGCUUCUUUAACUAACUAUGCCCAGCAAACUCAAAAUUAUCGUGAAUUAGUUGAGAGUACAUUUCAAAAAUCUGGUGGUUCAAGAGAUUAUCAAUGGUCACCAGGCUACGGCUUAUUUGAUAUGGGUAGAAUACUGCAGACAACUGAUCAGUUAAACACUCAAUUUAACACACAUUCUCGUCAAAUAUAUGAUAUCGUGAAUUGUUUGAAUAGACUUUUAAGAUCCGAAGAACCUACACUUCUGAAUAAUUUAUCUGGUCCAAGUUUCGUCAAAUCUUAUCGUGAAUUGUAUACAGGAGUAUGGCCUAAGGAGUUAAAUAAUCGUUUAAAUGAGGCUGAAUCAUCUCCAUUCAUGCCUGUUAUACAAUCGAAGUAUCUGGAGAAUAGAAAACAACCUACUAUAACAGAAGACUCAAAUGAAAACUUUGUUGAGGAAUUAGGCCUCAAGUGGGGUGUCCAUCUUAGCGGCGUUUAUAAUCUACCUAUAUGUAUGCUGCCAACAGGUUGGGAAGCAGCCACGUUGUCUACAAUAUCUAAGGCACAUGAAUUAUAUGGAUCGAAAAUAUUUCAGGCCACUGGUUCAUGGUUUGUAACCCAACUUGCUGGUGAGAAUGAAACACAUGGACUUGGUGAAACUCUUUGUAUUGGAGAUGCACUACGUUGUGGAUUGAUUGAUCUCGUUACAAAAACUUGUCGUCAAAACCGAUGUUCACUUGCUAUAUCAUUGUCUGAGGGUGUAGAACGUGGUUGGCUAACUGCCUACUCUGUGCAAGCUCUCAACAAGUGCAUAAAAAUUGGAGACUAUGCUGCACCUGUAACUGAUUUCUUGAUUACUUCUGUGCGUAACUUUAACAAUCGGUAUAUUGACCCUAAAACCGGUGUGGUAAUGCCCUAUGGUAAAAAGAUUGUCGAUUUAUAUGCAGAUGGAUUCAUAAAUGAUGCAGAUUUUCAUCAUUUAGCCGCAAUUCUUUCCAGUGGUAUUUGUGUAGAAUUUCGAGAUUGUCACAUUGCAUGGUGUGAAGCAUUUAAUGUAAAUGAAGCAAACGCCUAUUUGAAACCUUGUCUGUCUGACUGGUUAGCUGCUGGUGCCUAUAAUCCAUUCACACGACGUCUACGUGUUAAUAUUCUUAAGUCUGAACAAAGUAUUGGCAAUGGCAAACAUAGUAAGCGGUUGAAUAAUUCUUUUCUGUUUAUUGAAAGCGAAAUGACAAUCAAAGAUGCAAUUAAGAAUGGCCUUUUGAAUCCUAAUGUCCCAGAAGUUGUUGUUCCCAUUGGAAAUCAGCAAGGCGGUUACUAUAGUGAUUCCUAUAAACGUAUCAGUCUUUCCGAAGCUAUUCAAAUGGGUCUAAUUGAUGAUGUUACUGGUUGCUGGCUUGGAUCAGGUUCGUCUUCUGGUCGUCUGAAAGUUGGAGUAGAAGUGGCUCAGGCAGCAGGUCUUUUAGCUAGAGCUCCUUGUCUAGCAGAACUUGUCUUGUCCGGUUUGAUUUCAUUCAGCACUCCAAAUAUGAGCGAGACACAUCCUAAUAACAAAAUAGGCAUUCUUGAUGCACAUAACAGCCAAUAUCUAUUGUUUCCUGAAGCAAUUGAACGUGGAUUGGUUAUUGGAGACCAACCAGCAAUAAUGCUAAUGCAUUCUAACCAAGCUUUGAGCUUAAUUGAAGCAUUGAACAUGAAUAUCAUGACGCCAUCUGGAUUUAUAACUUUAGAAGAUAAGGCUCCGAUGAAUUUAUGGGAUGCAGUCAAUAGUAAUCAUAUUCGACUUAUUUAUACUAAAGCAUAUCCACCUCCAGUUGGUGUACUCGCUAGCUUGGAGUCAGUUCAGAAAUCAAAUCAAAUGUCUCAACAGCAUCCAAUAAUACGAGCUAUUUGUACAGGUUUAAUUGAUUCGUCAAAAGAAGAAAUUGUUUUACCCAAUAGCGAAGCACGUCAACAUGGUCAAAAUUAUUCACAACAACGUAUUGCUUUAAGAAAAUCAGCAAAGCACUCAGCAUUGUGUGAUUUACAUUCUAUACAGUUAUUAACUCAAGGUUGUGGAUUAUUCAAUACAGAUGGGCAUGAACUGACUGGAUUGGAUGCACUUAGUGCUGGAUGGUUUAAACCGUGUGAAAAUUCUCAAGAUAAUCCUAAUGUAUAUGGGCAAAUAACGGAUCCAAUUACCGGAGCUUCUAUGAUGCUAAUGUCUAAAGUUAAAACAAUGAAAAAUAUUGAUAUAACACCAUCUGGUGCUCAACUGAUAUUGGGCUUAUCAACCAAUCGUCCUUCUUUAGCCUAUUUAGUCAACCAAAGUUUUAUAACGCGUUUAGGUUGGCUUGGUCCAGGUUUACAUGAUGAUAAUUUAUUGCACAGGACAACAAAUGGUUCAUGGUUUAAGCAUAUAUGUCGAUCGGAUGAUAUUGUAGCUGUUAUUGAUCCGAUUAGUAAACGCAAAGUAACCCAAGCUGAAGCAGUUCGUCGUGAUCUAUUGGAUAUGGAGACUGGUGUAUUCCGAGAUCCUGUUCUUAAUCAAAUUUAUCCCAUUAGUGAAGCAAUAGAAAAAGGACAUAUUCUAGUGAAAGAAAAGCCCAUUUUGAACGGUAACACGUCUACACCUCAGUCGAUUCAUACAGAAGUCAAUGGAUCAAUUGAAAUUGUUUCUGUUAAAGAGACGUGUACAUAUAAAAUUAUAAAUGUUCUCGAUCCUCAUACUAGCACUCGAAUUGAUCCAAAUGAGGCUGUAAAGAAGGGUCUUAUUAAUCUGGAGUCUUUCACUUAUAAUGGUGUUCACCCAAGUAUAUCAAUUGAUUCAGCUCAACAAUUAGGUUAUGUAUCAGUACAUACUACAGAUUAUGAUGUAUCCCGUGAUAAUCUAGUGGUAGAUUAUACAGAGAAAGCACCAUUUACUUUAGUUCAACUAUUCAACAAUGGUCAAUUAGUGAAACAAUCGGGAUUAAAAUGCGCUAUUAAAGUACCAGAAGAUGGAGAUACUAUAUCUCUAAAGGCCGCCAUUACUAUGGGUCUAGUUGAUGUUGACAAUACAUUAGUUAAAGAAUCCAAUACAGAAGAAUGGUGUCCUUUGAACAAGGCCAUUUCACUUGGUUUAAUUGAUGAUCAUAAAGGCGUUUUGUUGUAUAAAAACAAACGGAUUCCUUUAAAUGAAGCUAUAAAUAGAGGUUUGGUGUCCGAAAAACAGACAUCAUUGACAGAAAUUUUAUCUUUUGAAAAAGCUCUUCAAGAUGGUUUGAUAGAUCCAGUGACAAAUACUUUUCAACAACUGAAUACUUCUAGUGAUGCUACUCCAUCGAAUUCAAUCAGUGUUCACGAUGCUAUCAAACAAGGAUUACUAAAACCUCCAGUUGUUGAAACUAUACACGAAAAUUCUGCUGGCUUACCUAGCAAAGGAUAUACUCACAGUAUGGAUUCUUUAAUCGCUAUUAAACGUCAAAACUCAAAAGAUCCAUCUACUGUUGCAUCACGUACUAAUACACUACCUCCGGUUACAUCAUCUGGUCAUAUGCUAAGUAACGGAAAUGAUUUUAUUGCUACAAGUGGUCGCACAGAAUCCAGAAUAAUUAAAUUUUUAGACUGUCAUGGUGUUGGAAAACUACGUGGUAAAUCGUCUCACUGCAAUCUACGCCAUAAAUCGAAAGGUAACGAUGAUGGUGAUAAUGGUGAUGAAUACACUAUCCGCAAAAAGCCAAGAAUUAAAAGUUGUGAAAUACCUAAACUAAAGGAGCGCAACUGUGUUCUCUAUGCCUUUUACUAUCUACACGAAGAUGUACGAGUUGAAGCAGCCAUUACAGAUACAAUGGUUCGUGAAGGACGCGUAGAUGUGUAUAAAAAGAUUAUUUGUGAUCCAACAAGUGGAAAGUUUUUCCCCAUCCCCGAAGCUCUAACUAAAGGUUUCGUUUUCGGUAUUGUUUUCACUCAAGCUGAACAACUUUCAGAAAAUGGCCAACAAGAUUCUAAUCCAUUAUAUUGGCUAGAAGUUUUCCACUAUCGUCAUGACAUAUAUCGCCUAGAAAGAGUAUUUGAUCCUUAUUUAAACAGUCUUGUUUCGAUAUCAGAUGCUAUAGAUACCGGGAUUAUUGAUCCUAUCCAUUGUACAUAUACUCAUCCAGUAAAUGGAAAUUUAUAUUCAAUUGAAGAAGCUCUCUAUCAAGGUUGGAUACAAGCAUUACCUGUUGGUAAUCCACCACCGUUUGAUUUAAUUGGCAGUUCAUUUGAUCAUGUUCAUGUACGUACAAUUGAAGAGACUACAACGUUUACAACAUGUGUACAUACAGUUCGUCGUGCUGGUAACAAUAUUCAAAACAAUACUAUCGAUAAAGAAACCUGUUCAGUUGAUCCCAAGUCUACACUUGCCUUACUUCAAACAACACUAAAUUUAAAGCGUCAAAUACCGUGUAAAACACCACCAAGUUGUCGACCGAAUCAUCGUACACCGAAAGAAGCGUUUAUGCGAUUUCAUAUUAAACCAGAUGAUCAGUCCAAACCAGAUGAAACUGAUCAUGUGUAUCAACAAGGCAGGUCGAUUAAUACAACAGAUGCGAUACCCAGCGAACAAGCUAUUCUUCGUAAAGAAGUGCUUGAUAAAUCUAGUCAGAAUUUACAUUUUGAUAAUUCACCUGGAGCAUUAUUGAAGAAGCAUACACACUUUAUGCAGCCGAUAAAUUUAGUUGAUAAUACCACACUCCCAGCUAUUACUUUAUCUCUCGUUAGGUAUCAACAACCUGAUCCUACUCCAACAAUCACACCAAAAUUACAAUCUCAAAAUAUUCCACGUUAUAUACUUCUUGAAACAGCUAUUCAGAGGGGAUGGGUGGAUGUUCAGGAUGGUUUACUCAGAACUCACUGUGGUCGAACUAGUACCAUUAAUUUAAUGGAAGCUGUAGAAAGAGCUUUAAUUGAUCCCUCACAGUUAUUGGUCUGUGUACAGCACCAUACUGAGGAUAGUUUAGGUGAAUAUCCUUUAUAUGGAGACCAACAAAUUCCAGUAUACUACAGUUUAGCUACAUUAUUAGACGCGACAACAUCAAUAAUCCAGAAAGUUUCUGCCGAGUUAGUUUGCACCCACUGGCGUUCCAACCUCUUGAACCUCAUCCUCAAAACAGCGAAAUCUGGAACAUUGAACCGUGGAAGAAGGAAUGUGAAAAUCAAAACGAAUGUCAGCGAAAGUGAUCAGGAAAUAAUAUACAAAACAGUGCUGAAGCCAUCUCAAAUCAAUGGAAAUGAAGGAACCGACAUAACAGGGAAAGAAACCCCAAUAAAUGAACACGAAAAAACCCAACAAAAAAACAAAGGAUCCGCAGAAUUCCAACAAAAUAAUAUCCAAGAAAAAAUCGAAAACAUCGAAGCAAAUAAUAAAAGCUCGAAACAAAAGACCACCGAACAUUGCAUACAAAAAAGCGAACAAAAAAAUGAAAACAAAGACGAAUAUACGCAUGACUCGGAGUUGUUGUCUGAGAUUCCUGAGAGACGAGGUGGAGACAGUGGUUGGGACUCUGACAUGCUGUCAUCUGAUGGUGUGAGGUCUGGAGAAGUGUCUGUUAUGCAUGACCGACGUGGACUUGAUUUGCGUGAAGCGAUUGAAUCAGGUCUUGUUGACACGAAGUCCGGCCUAGUUCGUGAUCCAUCGAGUGGUGAGGUGUUGACGUUGGCACAGGCUGUGGACAGUGGACUUAUAUCGGGUGAGCGAUCGUUGAUUCGUGAUCCGAGUUCUGGACGUCUUGAGAGUCUUGGUAAGAUGAUGUUGACUGGUUUGUUGGCGCCUGUGGGUUUGAUUGGCCUUGCUGUGGAGUCGAUGUCGUCGAGAUCAGGAGGUGUAGUGUGUCCGUCUACAGAGGCGUUUGAGCCUGUCUCUGAGGUUGGUGUGAGGAGGUUGUCUGGUGUAGAGUCAGUUGGUGAAUCGGACGGUGCAGUGGCUGUGGGUGUUAUUGAUGAUGGUGCUGUAGUGAGUGAAUUGACUUCAGGUCAGCGAGAAUCGACAGGUCGUCCAUCAGAUUUGAUGAAGACAGACACCAGAGUUGGUGAACGUGGUGAUUUGAGCUUCCUGUAUGACGCGUCACGUGUUGUUGUAGAGGAUGGUGAAGUAGCUGGUGUUGCAGCAUCUUCGGAGAGGUUGAGGGAGUAUGGUGUGUCGGAUGUGCCUGGUGUAUCCGGUGUUGGCGUAGUCGACGGUGGUGUGGAUAGAUCAGUGAUGAUGAUGAGUGAGAGUGUACUACCGGCGGGUGUAGAUGAUGGUGUGAUUGGAGUGGAUUCCACGCGUGACUCGGAGUUGUUGUCUGAGAUUCCUGAGAGACGAGGUGGAGACAGUGGUUGGGACUCUGACAUGCUGUCAUCUGAUGGUGUGAGGUCUGGAGAAGUGUCUGUUAUGCAUGACCGACGUGGACUUGAUUUGCGUGAAGCGAUUGAAUCAGGUCUUGUUGACACGAAGUCCGGCCUAGUUCGUGAUCCAUCGAGUGGUGAGGUGUUGACGUUGGCACAGGCUGUGGACAGUGGACUUAUAUCGGGUGAGCGAUCGUUGAUUCGUGAUCCGAGUUCCGGACGUCUUGAGAGUCUUGGUAAGAUGAUGUUGACUGGUUUGUUGGCGCCUGUGGGUUUGAUUGGCCUUGCUGUGGAGUCGAUGUCGUCGAGAUCAGGAGGUGUAGUGUGUCCGUCUACAGAGGCGUUUGAGCCUGUCUCUGAGGUUGGUGUGAGGAGGUUGUCUGGUGUAGAGUCAGUUGGUGAAUCGGACGGUGCAGUGGCUGUGGGUGUUAUUGAUGAUGGUGCUGUAGUGAGUGAAUUGACUUCAGGUCAGCGAGAAUCGACAGGUCGUCCAUCAGAUCUGAUGAAGACAGACACCAGAGUUGGUGAACGUGGUGAUUUGAGCUUCCUGUAUGACGCGUCACGUGUUGUUGUAGAGGAUGGCGAAGUAGCUGGUGUUGCAGCAUCUUCGGAGAGGUUGAGGGAGUAUGGUGUGUCGGAUGUGCCUGGUGUAUCCGGUGUUGGCGUAGUCGACGGUGGUGUGGAUAGAUCAGUGAUGAUGAUGAGUGAGAGUGUACUACCGGCGGGUGUAGAUGAUGGUGUGAUUGGAGUGGAUAAUACGCGUGACUCGGAGUUGUUGUCUGAGAUUCCUGAGAGACGAGGUGGAGACAGUGGUUGGGACUCUGACAUGCUGUCAUCUGAUGGUGUGAGGUCUGGAGAAGUGUCUGUUAUGCAUGACCGACGUGGACUUGAUUUGCGUGAAGCGAUUGAAUCAGGUCUUGUUGACACGAAGUCCGGCCUAGUUCGUGAUCCAUCGAGUGGUGAGGUGUUGACGUUGGCACAGGCUGUGGACAGUGGACUUAUAUCGGGUGAGCGAUCGUUGAUUCGUGAUCCGAGUUCUGGACGUCUUGAGAGUCUUGGUAAGAUGAUGUUGACUGGUUUGUUGGCGCCUGUGGGUUUGAUUGGCCUUGCUGUGGAGUCGAUGUCGUCGAGAUCAGGAGGUGUAGUGUGUCCGUCUACAGAGGCGUUUGAGCCUGUCUCUGAGGUUGGUGUGAGGAGGUUGUCUGGUGUAGAGUCAGUUGGUGAAUCGGACGGUGCAGUGGCUGUGGGUGUUAUUGAUGAUGGUGCUGUAGUGAGUGAAUUGACUUCAGGUCAGCGAGAAUCGACAGGUCGUCCAUCAGAUCUGAUGAAGACAGACACCAGAGUUGGUGAACGUGGUGAUUUGAGCUUCCUGUAUGACGCGUCACGUGUUGUUGUAGAGGAUGGCGAAGUAGCUGGUGUUGCAGCAUCUUCGGAGAGGUUGAGGGAGUAUGGUGUGUCGGAUGUGCCUGGUGUAUCCGGUGUUGGCGUAGUCGACGGUGGUGUGGAUAGAUCAGUGAUGAUGAUGAGUGAGAGUGUACUACCGGCGGGUGUAGAUGAUGGUGUGAUUGGAGUGGAUUCUACGCGUGACUCGGAGUUGUUGUCUGAGAUUCCUGAGAGACGAGGUGGAGACAGUGGUUGGGACUCUGACAUGCUGUCAUCUGAUGGUGUGAGGUCUGGAGAAGUGUCUGUUAUGCAUGACCGACGUGGACUUGAUUUGCGUGAAGCGAUUGAAUCAGGUCUUGUUGACACGAAGUCCGGCCUAGUUCGUGAUCCAUCGAGUGGUGAGGUGUUGACGUUGGCACAGGCUGUGGACAGUGGACUUAUAUCGGGUGAGCGAUCGUUGAUUCGUGAUCCGAGUUCUGGACGUCUUGAGAGUCUUGGUAAGAUGAUGUUGACUGGUUUGUUGGCGCCUGUGGGUUUGAUUGGCCUUGCUGUGGAGUCGAUGUCGUCGAGAUCAGGAGGUGUAGUGUGUCCGUCUACAGAGGCGUUUGAGCCUGUCUCUGAGGUUGGUGUGAGGAGGUUGUCUGGUGUAGAGUCAGUUGGUGAAUCGGACGGUGCAGUGGCUGUGGGUGUUAUUGAUGAUGGUGCUGUAGUGAGUGAAUUGACUUCAGGUCAGCGAGAAUCGACAGGUCGUCCAUCAGAUCUGAUGAAGACAGACACCAGAGUUGGUGAACGUGGUGAUUUGAGCUUCCUGUAUGACGCGUCACGUGUUGUUGUAGAGGAUGGCGAAGUAGCUGGUGUUGCAGCAUCUUCGGAGAGGUUGAGGGAGUAUGGUGUGUCGGAUGUGCCUGGUGUAUCCGGUGUUGGCGUAGUCGACGGUGGUGUGGAUAGAUCAGUGAUGAUGAUGAGUGAGAGUGUACUACCGGCGGGUGUAGAUGAUGGUGUGAUUGGAGUGGAUUCCACGCGUGACUCGGAGUUGUUGUCUGAGAUUCCUGAGAGACGAGGUGGAGACAGUGGUUGGGACUCUGACAUGCUGUCAUCUGAUGGUGUGAGGUCUGGAGAAGUGUCUGUUAUGCAUGACCGACGUGGACUUGAUUUGCGUGAAGCGAUUGAAUCAGGUCUUGUUGACACGAAGUCCGGCCUAGUUCGUGAUCCAUCGAGUGGUGAGGUGUUGACGUUGGCACAGGCUGUGGACAGUGGACUUAUAUCGGGUGAGCGAUCGUUGAUUCGUGAUCCGAGUUCUGGACGUCUUGAGAGUCUUGGUAAGAUGAUGUUGACUGGUUUGUUGGCGCCUGUGGGUUUGAUUGGCCUUGCUGUGGAGUCGAUGUCGUCGAGAUCAGGAGGUGUAGUGUGUCCGUCUACAGAGGCGUUUGAGCCUGUCUCUGAGGUUGGUGUGAGGAGGUUGUCUGGUGUAGAGUCAGUUGGUGAAUCGGACGGUGCAGUGGCUGUGGGUGUUAUUGAUGAUGGUGCUGUAGUGAGUGAAUUGACUUCAGGUCAGCGAGAAUCGACAGGUCGUCCAUCAGAUUUGAUGAAGACAGACACCAGAGUUGGUGAACGUGGUGAUUUGAGCUUCCUGUAUGACGCGUCACGUGUUGUUGUAGAGGAUGGCGAAGUAGCUGGUGUUGCAGCAUCUUCGGAGAGGUUGAGGGAGUAUGGUGUGUCGGAUGUGCCUGGUGUAUCCGGUGUUGGCGUAGUCGACGGUGGUGUGGAUAGAUCAGUGAUGAUGAUGAGUGAGAGUGUACUACCGGCGGGUGUAGAUGAUGGUGUGAUUGGAGUGGAUUCUACGCGUGACUCGGAGUUGUUGUCUGAGAUUCCUGAGAGACGAGGUGGAGACAGUGGUUGGGACUCUGACAUGCUGUCAUCUGAUGGUGUGAGGUCUGGAGAAGUGUCUGUUAUGCAUGACCGACGUGGACUUGAUUUGCGUGAAGCGAUUGAAUCAGGUCUUGUUGACACGAAGUCCGGCCUAGUUCGUGAUCCAUCGAGUGGUGAGGUGUUGACGUUGGCACAGGCUGUGGACAGUGGACUUAUAUCGGGUGAGCGAUCGUUGAUUCGUGAUCCGAGUUCUGGACGUCUUGAGAGUCUUGGUAAGAUGAUGUUGACUGGUUUGUUGGCGCCUGUGGGUUUGAUUGGCCUUGCUGUGGAGUCGAUGUCGUCGAGAUCAGGAGGUGUAGUGUGUCCGUCUACAGAGGCGUUUGAGCCUGUCUCUGAGGUUGGUGUGAGGAGGUUGUCUGGUGUAGAGUCAGUUGGUGAAUCGGACGGUGCAGUGGCUGUGGGUGUUAUUGAUGAUGGUGCUGUAGUGAGUGAAUUGACUUCAGGUCAGCGAGAAUCGACAGGUCGUCCAUCAGAUCUGAUGAAGACAGACACCAGAGUUGGUGAACGUGGUGAUUUGAGCUUCCUGUAUGACGCGUCACGUGUUGUUGUAGAGGAUGGCGAAGUAGCUGGUGUUGCAGCAUCUUCGGAGAGGUUGAGGGAGUAUGGUGUGUCGGAUGUGCCUGGUGUAUCCGGUGUUGGCGUAGUCGACGGUGGUGUGGAUAGAUCAGUGAUGAUGAUGAGUGAGAGUGUACUACCGGCGGGUGUAGAUGAUGGUGUGAUUGGAGUGGAUUCUACGCGUGACUCGGAGUUGUUGUCUGAGAUUCCUGAGAGACGAGGUGGAGACAGUGGUUGGGACUCUGACAUGCUGUCAUCUGAUGGUGUGAGGUCUGGAGAAGUGUCUGUUAUGCAUGACCGACGUGGACUUGAUUUGCGUGAAGCGAUUGAAUCAGGUCUUGUUGACACGAAGUCCGGCCUAGUUCGUGAUCCAUCGAGUGGUGAGGUGUUGACGUUGGCACAGGCUGUGGACAGUGGACUUAUAUCGGGUGAGCGAUCGUUGAUUCGUGAUCCGAGUUCUGGACGUCUUGAGAGUCUUGGUAAGAUGAUGUUGACUGGUUUGUUGGCGCCUGUGGGUUUGAUUGGCCUUGCUGUGGAGUCGAUGUCGUCGAGAUCAGGAGGUGUAGUGUGUCCGUCUACAGAGGCGUUUGAGCCUGUCUCUGAGGUUGGUGUGAGGAGGUUGUCUGGUGUAGAGUCAGUUGGUGAAUCGGACGGUGCAGUGGCUGUGGGUGUUAUUGAUGAUGGUGCUGUAGUGAGUGAAUUGACUUCAGGUCAGCGAGAAUCGACAGGUCGUCCAUCAGAUCUGAUGAAGACAGACACCAGAGUUGGUGAACGUGGUGAUUUGAGCUUCCUGUAUGACGCGUCACGUGUUGUUGUAGAGGAUGGCGAAGUAGCUGGUGUUGCAGCAUCUUCGGAGAGGUUGAGGGAGUAUGGUGUGUCGGAUGUGCCUGGUGUAUCCGGUGUUGGCGUAGUCGACGGUGGUGUGGAUAGAUCAGUGAUGAUGAUGAGUGAGAGUGUACUACCGGCGGGUGUAGAUGAUGGUGUGAUUGGAGUGGAUUCUACGCGUGACUCGGAGUUGUUGUCUGAGAUUCCUGAGAGACGAGGUGGAGACAGUGGUUGGGACUCUGACAUGCUGUCAUCUGAUGGUGUGAGGUCUGGAGAAGUGUAUGUUAUGCAUGACCGACGUGGACUUGAUUUGCGUGAAGCGAUUGAAUCAGGUCUUGUUGACACGAAGUCCGGCCUAGUUCGUGAUCCAUCGAGUGGUGAGGUGUUGACGUUGGCACAGGCUGUGGACAGUGGACUUAUAUCGGGUGAGCGAUCGUUGAUUCGUGAUCCGAGUUCCGGACGUCUUGAGAGUCUUGGUAAGAUGAUGUUGACUGGUUUGUUGGCGCCUGUGGGUUUGAUUGGCCUUGCUGUGGAGUCGAUGUCGUCGAGAUCAGGAGGUGUAGUGUGUCCGUCUACAGAGGCGUUUGAGCCUGUCUCUGAGGUUGGUGUGAGGAGGUUGUCUGGUGUAGAGUCAGUUGGUGAAUCGGACGGUGCAGUGGCUGUGGGUGUUAUUGAUGAUGGUGCUGUAGUGAGUGAAUUGACUUCAGGUCAGCGAGAAUCGACAGGUCGUCCAUCAGAUCUGAUGAAGACAGACACCAGAGUUGGUGAACGUGGUGAUUUGAGCUUCCUGUAUGACGCGUCACGUGUUGUUGUAGAGGAUGGCGAAGUAGCUGGUGUUGCAGCAUCUUCGGAGAGGUUGAGGGAGUAUGGUGUGUCGGAUGUGCCUGGUGUAUCCGGUGUUGGCGUAGUCGACGGUGGUGUGGAUAGAUCAGUGAUGAUGAUGAGUGAGAGUGUACUACCGGCGGGUGUAGAUGAUGGUGUGAUUGGAGUGGAUUCUACGCGUGACUCGGAGUUGUUGUCUGAGAUUCCUGAGAGACGAGGUGGAGACAGUGGUUGGGACUCUGACAUGCUGUCAUCUGAUGGUGUGAGGUCUGGAGAAGUGUCUGUUAUGCAUGACCGACGUGGACUUGAUUUGCGUGAAGCGAUUGAAUCAGGUCUUGUUGACACGAAGUCCGGCCUAGUUCGUGAUCCAUCGAGUGGUGAGGUGUUGACGUUGGCACAGGCUGUGGACAGUGGACUUAUAUCGGGUGAGCGAUCGUUGAUUCGUGAUCCGAGUUCCGGACGUCUUGAGAGUCUUGGUAAGAUGAUGUUGACUGGUUUGUUGGCGCCUGUGGGUUUGAUUGGCCUUGCUGUGGAGUCGAUGUCGUCGAGAUCAGGAGGUGUAGUGUGUCCGUCUACAGAGGCGUUUGAGCCUGUCUCUGAGGUUGGUGUGAGGAGGUUGUCUGGUGUAGAGUCAGUUGGUGAAUCGGACGGUGCAGUGGCUGUGGGUGUUAUUGAUGAUGGUGCUGUAGUGAGUGAAUUGACUUCAGGUCAGCGAGAAUCGACAGGUCGUCCAUCAGAUCUGAUGAAGACAGACACCAGAGUUGGUGAACGUGGUGAUUUGAGCUUCCUGUAUGACGCGUCACGUGUUGUUGUAGAGGAUGGCGAAGUAGCUGGUGUUGCAGCAUCUUCGGAGAGGUUGAGGGAGUAUGGUGUGUCGGAUGUGCCUGGUGUAUCCGGUGUUGGCGUAGUCGACGGUGGUGUGGAUAGAUCAGUGAUGAUGAUGAGUGAGAGUGUACUACCGGCGGGUGUAGAUGAUGGUGUGAUUGGAGUGGAUUCUACGCGUGACUCGGAGUUGUUGUCUGAGAUUCCUGAGAGACGAGGUGGAGACAGUGGUUGGGACUCUGACAUGCUGUCAUCUGAUGGUGUGAGGUCUGGAGAAGUGUAUGUUAUGCAUGACCGACGUGGACUUGAUUUGCGUGAAGCGAUUGAAUCAGGUCUUGUUGACACGAAGUCCGGCCUAGUUCGUGAUCCAUCGAGUGGUGAGGUGUUGACGUUGGCACAGGCUGUGGACAGUGGACUUAUAUCGGGUGAGCGAUCGUUGAUUCGUGAUCCGAGUUCUGGACGUCUUGAGAGUCUUGGUAAGAUGAUGUUGACUGGUUUGUUGGCGCCUGUGGGUUUGAUUGGCCUUGCUGUGGAGUCGAUGUCGUCGAGAUCAGGAGGUGUAGUGUGUCCGUCUACAGAGGCGUUUGAGCCUGUCUCUGAGGUUGGUGUGAGGAGGUUGUCUGGUGUAGAGUCAGUUGGUGAAUCGGACGGUGCAGUGGCUGUGGGUGUUAUUGAUGAUGGUGCUGUAGUGAGUGAAUUGACUUCAGGUCAGCGAGAAUCGACAGGUCGUCCAUCAGAUCUGAUGAAGACAGACACCAGAGUCGGUGAACGUGGUGAUUUGAGCUUCCUGUAUGACGCGUCACGUGUUGUUGUAGAGGAUGGCGAAGUAGCUGGUGUUGCAGCAUCUUCGGAGAGGUUGAGGGAGUAUGGUGUGUCGGAUGUGCCUGGUGUAUCCGGUGUUGGCGUAGUCGACGGUGGUGUGGAUAGAUCAGUGAUGAUGAUGAGUGAGAGUGUACUACCGGCGGGUGUAGAUGAUGGUGUGAUUGGAGUGGAUUCUACGCGUGACUCGGAGUUGUUGUCUGAGAUUCCUGAGAGACGAGGUGGAGACAGUGGUUGGGACUCUGACAUGCUGUCAUCUGAUGGUGUGAGGUCUGGAGAAGUGUCUGUUAUGCAUGACCGACGUGGACUUGAUUUGCGUGAAGCGAUUGAAUCAGGUCUUGUUGACACGAAGUCCGGCCUAGUUCGUGAUCCAUCGAGUGGUGAGGUGUUGACGUUGGCACAGGCUGUGGACAGUGGACUUAUAUCGGGUGAGCGAUCGUUGAUUCGUGAUCCGAGUUCUGGACGUCUUGAGAGUCUUGGUAAGAUGAUGUUGACUGGUUUGUUGGCGCCUGUGGGUUUGAUUGGCCUUGCUGUGGAGUCGAUGUCGUCGAGAUCAGGAGGUGUAGUGUGUCCGUCUACAGAGGCGUUUGAGCCUGUCUCUGAGGUUGGUGUGAGGAGGUUGUCUGGUGUAGAGUCAGUUGGUGAAUCGGACGGUGCAGUGGCUGUGGGUGUUAUUGAUGAUGGUGCUGUAGUGAGUGAAUUGACUUCAGGUCAGCGAGAAUCGACAGGUCGUCCAUCAGAUCUGAUGAAGACAGACACCAGAGUUGGUGAACGUGGUGAUUUGAGCUUCCUGUAUGACGCGUCACGUGUUGUUGUAGAGGAUGGCGAAGUAGCUGGUGUUGCAGCAUCUUCGGAGAGGUUGAGGGAGUAUGGUGUGUCGGAUGUGCCUGGUGUAUCCGGUGUUGGCGUAGUCGACGGUGGUGUGGAUAGAUCAGUGAUGAUGAUGAGUGAGAGUGUACUACCGGCGGGUGUAGAUGAUGGUGUGAUUGGAGUGGAUUCUACGCGUGACUCGGAGUUGUUGUCUGAGAUUCCUGAGAGACGAGGUGGAGACAGUGGUUGGGACUCUGACAUGCUGUCAUCUGAUGGUGUGAGGUCUGGAGAAGUGUCUGUUAUGCAUGACCGACGUGGACUUGAUUUGCGUGAAGCGAUUGAAUCAGGUCUUGUUGACACGAAGUCCGGCCUAGUUCGUGAUCCAUCGAGUGGUGAGGUGUUGACGUUGGCACAGGCUGUGGACAGUGGACUUAUAUCGGGUGAGCGAUCGUUGAUUCGUGAUCCGAGUUCUGGACGUCUUGAGAGUCUUGGUAAGAUGAUGUUGACUGGUUUGUUGGCGCCUGUGGGUUUGAUUGGCCUUGCUGUGGAGUCGAUGUCGUCGAGAUCAGGAGGUGUAGUGUGUCCGUCUACAGAGGCGUUUGAGCCUGUCUCUGAGGUUGGUGUGAGGAGGUUGUCUGGUGUAGAGUCAGUUGGUGAAUCGGACGGUGCAGUGGCUGUGGGUGUUAUUGAUGAUGGUGCUGUAGUGAGUGAAUUGACUUCAGGUCAGCGAGAAUCGACAGGUCGUCCAUCAGAUCUGAUGAAGACAGACACCAGAGUUGGUGAACGUGGUGAUUUGAGCUUCCUGUAUGACGCGUCACGUGUUGUUGUAGAGGAUGGCGAAGUAGCUGGUGUUGCAGCAUCUUCGGAGAGGUUGAGGGAGUAUGGUGUGUCGGAUGUGCCUGGUGUAUCCGGUGUUGGCGUAGUCGACGGUGGUGUGGAUAGAUCAGUGAUGAUGAUGAGUGAGAGUGUACUACCGGCGGGUGUAGAUGAUGGUGUGAUUGGAGUGGAUUCUACGCGUGACUCGGAGUUGUUGUCUGAGAUUCCUGAGAGACGAGGUGGAGACAGUGGUUGGGACUCUGACAUGCUGUCAUCUGAUGGUGUGAGGUCUGGAGAAGUGUCUGUUAUGCAUGACCGACGUGGACUUGAUUUGCGUGAAGCGAUUGAAUCAGGUCUUGUUGACACGAAGUCCGGCCUAGUUCGUGAUCCAUCGAGUGGUGAGGUGUUGACGUUGGCACAGGCUGUGGACAGUGGACUUAUAUCGGGUGAGCGAUCGUUGAUUCGUGAUCCGAGUUCUGGACGUCUUGAGAGUCUUGGUAAGAUGAUGUUGACUGGUUUGUUGGCGCCUGUGGGUUUGAUUGGCCUUGCUGUGGAGUCGAUGUCGUCGAGAUCAGGAGGUGUAGUGUGUCCGUCUACAGAGGCGUUUGAGCCUGUCUCUGAGGUUGGUGUGAGGAGGUUGUCUGGUGUAGAGUCAGUUGGUGAAUCGGACGGUGCAGUGGCUGUGGGUGUUAUUGAUGAUGGUGCUGUAGUGAGUGAAUUGACUUCAGGUCAGCGAGAAUCGACAGGUCGUCCAUCAGAUCUGAUGAAGACAGACACCAGAGUUGGUGAACGUGGUGAUUUGAGCUUCCUGUAUGACGCGUCACGUGUUGUUGUAGAGGAUGGCGAAGUAGCUGGUGUUGCAGCAUCUUCGGAGAGGUUGAGGGAGUAUGGUGUGUCGGAUGUGCCUGGUGUAUCCGGUGUUGGCGUAGUCGACGGUGGUGUGGAUAGAUCAGUGAUGAUGAUGAGUGAGAGUGUACUACCGGCGGGUGUAGAUGAUGGUGUGAUUGGAGUGGAUUCUACGCGUGACUCGGAGUUGUUGUCUGAGAUUCCUGAGAGACGAGGUGGAGACAGUGGUUGGGACUCUGACAUGCUGUCAUCUGAUGGUGUGAGGUCUGGAGAAGUGUCUGUUAUGCAUGACCGACGUGGACUUGAUUUGCGUGAAGCGAUUGAAUCAGGUCUUGUUGACACGAAGUCCGGCCUAGUUCGUGAUCCAUCGAGUGGUGAGGUGUUGACGUUGGCACAGGCUGUGGACAGUGGACUUAUAUCGGGUGAGCGAUCGUUGAUUCGUGAUCCGAGUUCUGGACGUCUUGAGAGUCUUGGUAAGAUGAUGUUGACUGGUUUGUUGGCGCCUGUGGGUUUGAUUGGCCUUGCUGUGGAGUCGAUGUCGUCGAGAUCAGGAGGUGUAGUGUGUCCGUCUACAGAGGCGUUUGAGCCUGUCUCUGAGGUUGGUGUGAGGAGGUUGUCUGGUGUAGAGUCAGUUGGUGAAUCGGACGGUGCAGUGGCUGUGGGUGUUAUUGAUGAUGGUGCUGUAGUGAGUGAAUUGACUUCAGGUCAGCGAGAAUCGACAGGUCGUCCAUCAGAUCUGAUGAAGACAGACACCAGAGUUGGUGAACGUGAGGAUGGCGAAGUAGCUGGUGUUGCAGCAUCUUCGGAGAGGUUGAGGGAGUAUGGUGUGUCGGAUGUGCCUGGUGUAUCCGGUGUUGGCGUAGUCGACGGUGGUGUGGAUAGAUCAGUGAUGAUGAUGAGUGAGAGUGUACUACCGGCGGGUGUAGAUGAUGGUGUGAUUGGAGUGGAUUCUACGCGUGACUCGGAGUUGUUGUCUGAGAUUCCUGAGAGACGAGGUGGAGACAGUGGUUGGGACUCUGACAUGCUGUCAUCUGAUGGUGUGAGGUCUGGAGAAGUGUCUGUUAUGCAUGACCGACGUGGACUUGAUUUGCGUGAAGCGAUUGAAUCAGGUCUUGUUGACACGAAGUCCGGCCUAGUUCGUGAUCCAUCGAGUGGUGAGGUGUUGACGUUGGCACAGGCUGUGGACAGUGGACUUAUAUCGGGUGAGCGAUCGUUGAUUCGUGAUCCGAGUUCUGGACGUCUUGAGAGUCUUGGUAAGAUGAUGUUGACUGGUUUGUUGGCGCCUGUGGGUUUGAUUGGCCUUGCUGUGGAGUCGAUGUCGUCGAGAUCAGGAGGUGUAGUGUGUCCGUCUACAGAGGCGUUUGAGCCUGUCUCUGAGGUUGGUGUGAGGAGGUUGUCUGGUGUAGAGUCAGUUGGUGAAUCGGACGGUGCAGUGGCUGUGGGUGUUAUUGAUGAUGGUGCUGUAGUGAGUGAAUUGACUUCAGGUCAGCGAGAAUCGACAGGUCGUCCAUCAGAUUUGAUGAAGACAGACACCAGAGUUGGUGAACGUGGUGAUUUGAGCUUCCUGUAUGACGCGUCACGUGUUGUUGUAGAGGAUGGCGAAGUAGCUGGUGUUGCAGCAUCUUCGGAGAGGUUGAGGGAGUAUGGUGUGUCGGAUGUGCCUGGUGUAUCCGGUGUUGGCGUAGUCGACGGUGGUGUGGAUAGAUCAGUGAUGAUGAUGAGUGAGAGUGUACUACCGGCGGGUGUAGAUGAUGGUGUGAUUGGAGUGGAUUCUACGCGUGACUCGGAGUUGUUGUCUGAGAUUCCUGAGAGACGAGGUGGAGACAGUGGUUGGGACUCUGACAUGCUGUCAUCUGAUGGUGUGAGGUCUGGAGAAGUGUCUGUUAUGCAUGACCGACGUGGACUUGAUUUGCGUGAAGCGAUUGAAUCAGGUCUUGUUGACACGAAGUCCGGCCUAGUUCGUGAUCCAUCGAGUGGUGAGGUGUUGACGUUGGCACAGGCUGUGGACAGUGGACUUAUAUCGGGUGAGCGAUCGUUGAUUCGUGAUCCGAGUUCUGGACGUCUUGAGAGUCUUGGUAAGAUGAUGUUGACUGGUUUGUUGGCGCCUGUGGGUUUGAUUGGCCUUGCUGUGGAGUCGAUGUCGUCGAGAUCAGGAGGUGUAGUGUGUCCGUCUACAGAGGCGUUUGAGCCUGUCUCUGAGGUUGGUGUGAGGAGGUUGUCUGGUGUAGAGUCAGUUGGUGAAUCGGACGGUGCAGUGGCUGUGGGUGUUAUUGAUGAUGGUGCUGUAGUGAGUGAAUUGACUUCAGGUCAGCGAGAAUCGACAGGUCGUCCAUCAGAUUUGAUGAAGACAGACACCAGAGUUGGUGAACGUGGUGAUUUGAGCUUCCUGUAUGACGCGUCACGUGUUGUUGUAGAGGAUGGCGAAGUAGCUGGUGUUGCAGCAUCUUCGGAGAGGUUGAGGGAGUAUGGUGUGUCGGAUGUGCCUGGUGUAUCCGGUGUUGGCGUAGUCGACGGUGGUGUGGAUAGAUCAGUGAUGAUGAUGAGUGAGAGUGUACUACCGGCGGGUGUAGAUGAUGGUGUGAUUGGAGUGGAUUCUACGCGUGACUUGGAGUUGUUGUCUGAGAUUCCUGAGAGACGAGGUGGAGACAGUGGUUGGGACUCUGACAUGCUGUCAUCUGAUGGUGUGAGGUCUGGAGAAGUGUCUGUUAUGCAUGACCGACGUGGACUUGAUUUGCGUGAAGCGAUUGAAUCAGGUCUUGUUGACACGAAGUCCGGCCUAGUUCGUGAUCCAUCGAGUGGUGAGGUGUUGACGUUGGCACAGGCUGUGGACAGUGGACUUAUAUCGGGUGAGCGAUCGUUGAUUCGUGAUCCGAGUUCUGGACGUCUUGAGAGUCUUGGUAAGAUGAUGUUGACUGGUUUGUUGGCGCCUGUGGGUUUGAUUGGCCUUGCUGUGGAGUCGAUGUCGUCGAGAUCAGGAGGUGUAGUGUGUCCGUCUACAGAGGCGUUUGAGCCUGUCUCUGAGGUUGGUGUGAGGAGGUUGUCUGGUGUAGAGUCAGUUGGUGAAUCGGACGGUGCAGUGGCUGUGGGUGUUAUUGAUGAUGGUGCUGUAGUGAGUGAAUUGACUUCAGGUCAGCGAGAAUCGACAGGUCGUCCAUCAGAUCUGAUGAAGACAGACACCAGAGUUGGUGAACGUGGUGAUUUGAGCUUCCUGUAUGACGCGUCACGUGUUGUUGUAGAGGAUGGCGAAGUAGCUGGUGUUGCAGCAUCUUCGGAGAGGUUGAGGGAGUAUGGUGUGUCGGAUGUGCCUGGUGUAUCCGGUGUUGGCGUAGUCGACGGUGGUGUGGAUAGAUCAGUGAUGAUGAUGAGUGAGAGUGUACUACCGGCGGGUGUAGAUGAUGGUGUGAUUGGAGUGGAUUCUACGCGUGACUCGGAGUUGUUGUCUGAGAUUCCUGAGAGACGAGGUGGAGACAGUGGUUGGGACUCUGACAUGCUGUCAUCUGAUGGUGUGAGGUCUGGAGAAGUGUCUGUUAUGCAUGACCGACGUGGACUUGAUUUGCGUGAAGCGAUUGAAUCAGGUCUUGUUGACACGAAGUCCGGCCUAGUUCGUGAUCCAUCGAGUGGUGAGGUGUUGACGUUGGCACAGGCUGUGGACAGUGGACUUAUAUCGGGUGAGCGAUCGUUGAUUCGUGAUCCGAGUUCUGGACGUCUUGAGAGUCUUGGUAAGAUGAUGUUGACUGGUUUGUUGGCGCCUGUGGGUUUGAUUGGCCUUGCUGUGGAGUCGAUGUCGUCGAGAUCAGGAGGUGUAGUGUGUCCGUCUACAGAGGCGUUUGAGCCUGUCUCUGAGGUUGGUGUGAGGAGGUUGUCUGGUGUAGAGUCAGUUGGUGAAUCGGACGGUGCAGUGGCUGUGGGUGUUAUUGAUGAUGGUGCUGUAGUGAGUGAAUUGACUUCAGGUCAGCGAGAAUCGACAGGUCGUCCAUCAGAUUUGAUGAAGACAGACACCAGAGUUGGUGAACGUGGUGAUUUGAGCUUCCUGUAUGACGCGUCACGUGUUGUUGUAGAGGAUGGCGAAGUAGCUGGUGUUGCAGUAUCUUCGGAGAGGUUGAGGGAGUAUGGUGUGUCGGAUGUGCCUGGUGUAUCCGGUGUUGGCGUAGUCGACGGUGGUGUGGAUAGAUCAGUGAUGAUGAUGAGUGAGAGUGUACUACCGGCGGGUGUAGAUGAUGGUGUGAUUGGAGUGGAUUCUACGCGUGACUCGGAGUUGUUGUCUGAGAUUCCUGAGAGACGAGGUGGAGACAGUGGUUGGGACUCUGACAUGCUGUCAUCUGAUGGUGUGAGGUCUGGAGAAGUGUCUGUUAUGCAUGACCGACGUGGACUUGAUUUGCGUGAAGCGAUUGAAUCAGGUCUUGUUGACACGAAGUCCGGCCUAGUUCGUGAUCCAUCGAGUGGUGAGGUGUUGACGUUGGCACAGGCUGUGGACAGUGGACUUAUAUCGGGUGAGCGAUCGUUGAUUCGUGAUCCGAGUUCUGGACGUCUUGAGAGUCUUGGUAAGAUGAUGUUGACUGGUUUGUUGGCGCCUGUGGGUUUGAUUGGCCUUGCUGUGGAGUCGAUGUCGUCGAGAUCAGGAGGUGUAGUGUGUCCGUCUACAGAGGCGUUUGAGCCUGUCUCUGAGGUUGGUGUGAGGAGGUUGUCUGGUGUAGAGUCAGUUGGUGAAUCGGACGGUGCAGUGGCUGUGGGUGUUAUUGAUGAUGGUGCUGUAGUGAGUGAAUUGACUUCAGGUCAGCGAGAAUCGACAGGUCGUCCAUCAGAUCUGAUGAAGACAGACACCAGAGUUGGUGAACGUGGUGAUUUGAGCUUCCUGUAUGACGCGUCACGUGUUGUUGUAGAGGAUGGCGAAGUAGCUGGUGUUGCAGCAUCUUCGGAGAGGUUGAGGGAGUAUGGUGUGUCGGAUGUGCCUGGUGUAUCCGGUGUUGGCGUAGUCGACGGUGGUGUGGAUAGAUCAGUGAUGAUGAUGAGUGAGAGUGUACUACCGGCGGGUGUAGAUGAUGGUGUGAUUGGAGUGGAUUCUACGCGUGACUCGGAGUUGUUGUCUGAGAUUCCUGAGAGACGAGGUGGAGACAGUGGUUGGGACUCUGACAUGCUGUCAUCUGAUGGUGUGAGGUCUGGAGAAGUGUCUGUUAUGCAUGACCGACGUGGACUUGAUUUGCGUGAAGCGAUUGAAUCAGGUCUUGUUGACACGAAGUCCGGCCUAGUUCGUGAUCCAUCGAGUGGUGAGGUGUUGACGUUGGCACAGGCUGUGGACAGUGGACUUAUAUCGGGUGAGCGAUCGUUGAUUCGUGAUCCGAGUUCUGGACGUCUUGAGAGUCUUGGUAAGAUGAUGUUGACUGGUUUGUUGGCGCCUGUGGGUUUGAUUGGCCUUGCUGUGGAGUCGAUGUCGUCGAGAUCAGGAGGUGUAGUGUGUCCGUCUACAGAGGCGUUUGAGCCUGUCUCUGAGGUUGGUGUGAGGAGGUUGUCUGGUGUAGAGUCAGUUGGUGAAUCGGACGGUGCAGUGGCUGUGGGUGUUAUUGAUGAUGGUGCUGUAGUGAGUGAAUUGACUUCAGGUCAGCGAGAAUCGACAGGUCGUCCAUCAGAUCUGAUGAAGACAGACACCAGAGUUGGUGAACGUGGUGAUUUGAGCUUCCUGUAUGACGCGUCACGUGUUGUUGUAGAGGAUGGCGAAGUAGCUGGUGUUGCAGCAUCUUCGGAGAGGUUGAGGGAGUAUGGUGUGUCGGAUGUGCCUGGUGUAUCCGGUGUUGGCGUAGUCGACGGUGGUGUGGAUAGAUCAGUGAUGAUGAUGAGUGAGAGUGUACUACCGGCGGGUGUAGAUGAUGGUGUGAUUGGAGUGGAUUCUACGCGUGACUCGGAGUUGUUGUCUGAGAUUCCUGAGAGACGAGGUGGAGACAGUGGUUGGGACUCUGACAUGCUGUCAUCUGAUGGUGUGAGGUCUGGAGAAGUGUCUGUUAUGCAUGACCGACGUGGACUUGAUUUGCGUGAAGCGAUUGAAUCAGGUCUUGUUGACACGAAGUCCGGCCUAGUUCGUGAUCCAUCGAGUGGUGAGGUGUUGACGUUGGCACAGGCUGUGGACAGUGGACUUAUAUCGGGUGAGCGAUCGUUGAUUCGUGAUCCGAGUUCUGGACGUCUUGAGAGUCUUGGUAAGAUGAUGUUGACUGGUUUGUUGGCGCCUGUGGGUUUGAUUGGCCUUGCUGUGGAGUCGAUGUCGUCGAGAUCAGGAGGUGUAGUGUGUCCGUCUACAGAGGCGUUUGAGCCUGUCUCUGAGGUUGGUGUGAGGAGGUUGUCUGGUGUAGAGUCAGUUGGUGAAUCGGACGGUGCAGUGGCUGUGGGUGUUAUUGAUGAUGGUGCUGUAGUGAGUGAAUUGACUUCAGGUCAGCGAGAAUCGACAGGUCGUCCAUCAGAUCUGAUGAAGACAGACACCAGAGUUGGUGAACGUGGUGAUUUGAGCUUCCUGUAUGACGCGUCACGUGUUGUUGUAGAGGAUGGCGAAGUAGCUGGUGUUGCAGCAUCUUCGGAGAGGUUGAGGGAGUAUGGUGUGUCGGAUGUGCCUGGUGUAUCCGGUGUUGGCGUAGUCGACGGUGGUGUGGAUAGAUCAGUGAUGAUGAUGAGUGAGAGUGUACUACCGGCGGGUGUAGAUGAUGGUGUGAUUGGAGUGGAUUCUACGCGUGACUCGGAGUUGUUGUCUGAGAUUCCUGAGAGACGAGGUGGAGACAGUGGUUGGGACUCUGACAUGCUGUCAUCUGAUGGUGUGAGGUCUGGAGAAGUGUCUGUUAUGCAUGACCGACGUGGACUUGAUUUGCGUGAAGCGAUUGAAUCAGGUCUUGUUGACACGAAGUCCGGCCUAGUUCGUGAUCCAUCGAGUGGUGAGGUGUUGACGUUGGCACAGGCUGUGGACAGUGGACUUAUAUCGGGUGAGCGAUCGUUGAUUCGUGAUCCGAGUUCUGGACGUCUUGAGAGUCUUGGUAAGAUGAUGUUGACUGGUUUGUUGGCGCCUGUGGGUUUGAUUGGCCUUGCUGUGGAGUCGAUGUCGUCGAGAUCAGGAGGUGUAGUGUGUCCGUCUACAGAGGCGUUUGAGCCUGUCUCUGAGGUUGGUGUGAGGAGGUUGUCUGGUGUAGAGUCAGUUGGUGAAUCGGACGGUGCAGUGGCUGUGGGUGUUAUUGAUGAUGGUGCUGUAGUGAGUGAAUUGACUUCAGGUCAGCGAGAAUCGACAGGUCGUCCAUCAGAUUUGAUGAAGACAGACACCAGAGUUGGUGAACGUGGUGAUUUGAGCUUCCUGUAUGACGCGUCACGUGUUGUUGUAGAGGAUGGCGAAGUAGCUGGUGUUGCAGCAUCUUCGGAGAGGUUGAGGGAGUAUGGUGUGUCGGAUGUGCCUGGUGUAUCCGGUGUUGGCGUAGUCGACGGUGGUGUGGAUAGAUCAGUGAUGAUGAUGAGUGAGAGUGUACUACCGGCGGGUGUAGAUGAUGGUGUGAUUGGAGUGGAUUCUACGCGUGACUCGGAGUUGUUGUCUGAGAUUCCUGAGAGACGAGGUGGAGACAGUGGUUGGGACUCUGACAUGCUGUCAUCUGAUGGUGUGAGGUCUGGAGAAGUGUCUGUUAUGCAUGACCGACGUGGACUUGAUUUGCGUGAAGCGAUUGAAUCAGGUCUUGUUGACACGAAGUCCGGCCUAGUUCGUGAUCCAUCGAGUGGUGAGGUGUUGACGUUGGCACAGGCUGUGGACAGUGGACUUAUAUCGGGUGAGCGAUCGUUGAUUCGUGAUCCGAGUUCUGGACGUCUUGAGAGUCUUGGUAAGAUGAUGUUGACUGGUUUGUUGGCGCCUGUGGGUUUGAUUGGCCUUGCUGUGGAGUCGAUGUCGUCGAGAUCAGGAGGUGUAGUGUGUCCGUCUACAGAGGCGUUUGAGCCUGUCUCUGAGGUUGGUGUGAGGAGGUUGUCUGGUGUAGAGUCAGUUGGUGAAUCGGACGGUGCAGUGGCUGUGGGUGUUAUUGAUGAUGGUGCUGUAGUGAGUGAAUUGACUUCAGGUCAGCGAGAAUCGACAGGUCGUCCAUCAGAUCUGAUGAAGACAGACACCAGAGUUGGUGAACGUGGUGAUUUGAGCUUCCUGUAUGACGCGUCACGUGUUGUUGUAGAGGAUGGCGAAGUAGCUGGUGUUGCAGCAUCUUCGGAGAGGUUGAGGGAGUAUGGUGUGUCGGAUGUGCCUGGUGUAUCCGGUGUUGGCGUAGUCGACGGUGGUGUGGAUAGAUCAGUGAUGAUGAUGAGUGAGAGUGUACUACCGGCGGGUGUAGAUGAUGGUGUGAUUGGAGUGGAUUCUACGCGUGACUCGGAGUUGUUGUCUGAGAUUCCUGAGAGACGAGGUGGAGACAGUGGUUGGGACUCUGACAUGCUGUCAUCUGAUGGUGUGAGGUCUGGAGAAGUGUCUGUUAUGCAUGACCGACGUGGACUUGAUUUGCGUGAAGCGAUUGAAUCAGGUCUUGUUGACACGAAGUCCGGCCUAGUUCGUGAUCCAUCGAGUGGUGAGCCAACGGGAUCAGAGACAACGAAACGUCUUAUUUCUCAACUACUUGCUGCACUUGACAAAGAAGCUUUAUGGAUAACAGAUUUCGAAUCACAAAUUUUAAAAAUGGGACACUUAAGCCUGGAUGAUAAUCUGAAUCGUCAUCUUCUGGAUGAUCACCAAGAGAUCUUAGACAAAAUUCGUAUUCGCCAGUCUACAAGUAGAUCUAUACUGUUUCAAGCUGAACAAGCUGUUGAAGCACUACGUAAUGGAAAUCAACCAGAAUCUAUUUGGAAACCAUUACAAUCUAAAUGUCAGGAGUUAAGAACAAGAUUAGAAGAUCUGCAAACUGAAGCAGAAAGUCGUGUACGUAUUCUACUCAAUAGUUUAGAUUCAUUAGAACACCUUACUUAUAAACUUCAAAGUCUUAGAAGUCUGUUAGAAAAUUUAGAGUCUGUACUAGUUCUCAGUGCAUCCAAUACACCAAUGAAAGGUGAAGAGAAUCAACUUGCAAACAAGCUGAAAGCUCUUAAUCAUCCAGAUGAAAUAACUCCACUUAUUUUACGCCUUAAAGCUGCACUAACUGAAUCGAAUUCAGCUCACAACAAUAUUAUCAGCACAUUACCUAGUGUAAUGCAGAAAUUUAUGGCAACUGUUUAUCGCUAUUCUGAUAGUAAAAAAGCAUAUAACAACAAAUUGAAUCAUUUUACUGGCUUGAAGUGUAAACAAUACGAAGAAGAAAUGGAAAGGAAUGAUAGGGAGUUAGAAGAUCGGAUACAGAAUACAGUUAAAGAAGCCAACAAUCGUCUUGUACAAUUACUCAGUCGUUUAGAGACACAAUCAACACACCUUACUGAAGUUAAUGCAAUCAACAAUCACUAUCAAAAGCAAUUAUCUGAAUCAACGAGUCAAUUAGAUAAAAUUAAAUUACAAUUGAAUAAUAUUCAGAAAAGUGUUCUGCGACCAGAAGAAUUAAACACUUUAUCCUCUAAUAAGAUUAAACAAAUUAGUCAAGAACAACUGAAUAAAUUAUAUACACUACAAGGGGAUUUAAGUAAAAUUGAAAAUGACUUAAAGACUUUGGAAAGUGUAGAUUUGCAUUCACUUAAAGAUAAGUUAACAGAAGCUAAUCUAAUCUCAAAUAAUUUAAUCAGUGUAAUUACUGAACCAUUGUCAAACUCAUUGGCUUAUCAAAAACAAUUAAGUGAUCACUGUGAACAGUUAGAAAAACAAUUUAUGAAAUAUAUUUUGGCAAAUCAAACUGUUCAAGAAUGUUUGAAUGAAUUCAUGAAUCACACCGAUCGAAUUGGAGAUGACUUAUCACGUGACAGUGUCGGUGACAAGAGUAUAAUAAAGACAGAUGGACUUCCUUCAGAUUUAACUAAAUUACAUGAAACUUUAGCACACAUCAACACUAUGCAAUCUGCUUCACAGUCGAUAAGAGAUCGUUUAAAUCAAACAGUUGAAGAAGUCAAGUUAACUGAUCCUAGCAAACUUCGAGCAGUUCAAUCUGAAUUAAAACAAACUGACGUUUUGGAUAAUCGGCUUGAAACACUGAAGGAUGAUGUGAUAUCCCGUAUUUCCCAAUUAAGUUCACUGAGGAAUGAGUUCGCUCAAUAUGAGAAUGACAUAAACGAAUUCCAUACAUGGCUAGAUCAAAUUGGUAAUCAGUUGAAUAGUCAAGCAACGGCUCACUUACCAGAAAAUUAUUUAAAACAUAAACUACAAAUGAUAAAAAUGCAAAUCCCGAAUCGUCAGCUCCAUUUAGACAGCUUGCAGCAAUCAGUUGAAGCACUAGUAACUAGACUACCUGAAAGCGAUGAUGACGUAAAGUUGAUCAAAGAAAAUAUGUGCAACUUAAAUAAGCGUUGGUCACAGUUACUUGGUCUGCUAGACACACGUGAAGAUGAUUUGAAGGCGAGAGAAUCGCUCAGUGACUCCUACAUACAAGCACGUAACCAAGUUCAAGAAAUGCUAUUAACUGCAGAUGGCCGUUUAACCACAUUAUCAUCACCGAUUACAUUGAAUAUGAACACACUUAAUCAACAGCUUGAACGACUGAAUUCAGUGCAUUCAUUUUGGGAGACAAUUAAAAAACACUUAACGGAAGCGGAUCAAUUAGGAUCUGCUUAUGACACUUUAUUGCACACAUCAAGUGGAGUGGAGAAACAUUUUGGACGUGGUGCAACUUCACAUGAUCCUUAUGUACCUCCAGCGUCACGUGUAUCCACUUUCACGGCUUAUAAAGAGAAUAAACUGAUGAAUAUAUUAAGUCCAAUGGCUAGCAGUGGAUCAAGUGGCAUCUCCAGUGCUGAUCCUAUGUGUAAUCUAUAUGAAAUUAAUGAAGUCAAUCGUGAGUUAGAUGAGCUACACGAACGUUACGAUCAAUUGGGAAAUUGUUUAAAUGAACGGAGGAAUGAAUUUAAAUCCAUUGUAAACAGUUUGAAUAAUUUCGAAGAGAAGCGUUCAGAAUUAUUAAACUGGCUCAAUGAUCAUGUAAAAACAGUCAACAGUGUGAAUAAAGAUUUGUCUUCUUUACAAUCUGUAGAUCGAGCUAUAAAUGAUUUGAAAAAGUACCGCGCUCAAUUCAAUGAACAACUGCCUAAACUCGACAGCGUACGCCAGAGUUUUUCACAUGUUUUGCAUAAUCGUGACCAUCUACCAGGUGCUGUAGAAUUAAGAAAUUCAAUGCAUUCACUUGAACAACAAUGGAAUGAAGCGGCUAAACAAAAUGACAAAUUACAACAAGAAUUGAAUAAAGUGAAACAGGAUUUAGAUGAAUUUGACAAAUUAAAUACUGAUUUAACACAGAAACUACGACAAAAGGUUAAUCAAGUCCACGGUGUACAUGAAAAGUGUUUAACAGAUUCUACAAUGGGAAGUGAAAGUCACUUGGAAAAAAUACAAGAAUGUCGACAGGAAUUGGAUGCAAUUGUUCCAGAAUUAAAUAAAUUUAAUCGUUUAGUACAAAGUUUAGAAAAUUCCCUUCCUGAAUCCUUAAUAAAUCAGUUAGGCAUAAACAAUACAAAUGAACGUGUUCGUAGUGAAUUCAAUCAAGUAGUUGGAGAGUUGUCAAAAUGGGAAAAUGAAGCUAAGACAACAAUUGAUCCCAGCAAUCAGUAUGCGCAAUUAGUUCAAAAAUUAGCCUCACAAAUGGAAAUCAUCAAGAGAGAUGUUGAAGACCUUGAAAUAGAGCCUGACAAGAAGACAGUUGAUAUGAAUGAGACAAAUAAGAAGAUAGAAGAAAUGAAACCAGUUUUGGAACAAGCUCAGCAGUUGUGCAGAGAGUUGUGUGAACAUUCUGCAAAUCCAACUGACCAGUACAAUAUGAAGACUAAGCUUUUGGAUCUUCAAAAUACAUAUGACCACUUAGUUUAUGAGUGUCAAAAACGUGAAGGUAAACAGAUACACGGUCCUACAGCACCACCAGCAACAUCUGAAAUUGAUCGAUCAAAUCAGCUAGAAAAUUUGAGUCAGUGGUUGUCACUUAAAAAUACACAACUACAAGAUAUAUCCCAUGAUGUACUAGAUUCUGGAGGAUCGCGCAUACAGAUACCGGAAAGAAAACAGAUUGAAUCUGAAUUACAAAACCUUGAAUCAUUGUCAGAAGAAUUAAAGAUAAAACAAAGGGAACUGAAAGAUUUACAAGAUAGUGUUCAAUUGGACCAGUCGCCUACACCAACUCAUAUUAAAUCUAUAGAUUCAUGCAUGAAUCAAUUGAAUUUACUACAAAAGGCUUUAAAUGAACAACAGAAACAACUAAAGUCAAAAAUCAGUGAAGCCUUUCUUUUAUCUGAACAAUUAGAACAAUUAGAAACAUGGAUAAACACUGAAGCGAUUCCACUUCUAAACGAACCUUUGGCAACAGACGGAAACUAUUUAGAAGAGAAACCACAUCCAUGCCAAAUACAACAAGAAAAAUUACAAAAUCUUUUACAACUAAUUCGUGUUAAACAAAAUGAAUUGAACCCGUCAAUUGAAAAAUUGAAUAACAUUCAAAAAUCGAAGGAUACUGAAUCACCAAUCGACGAGAGUCAACAGAAGAAGCUGGUUAAUACCGCAAAUCUUUUACAAAAUAAGUUGAACAAACUGCAAAGUGACGCUGAUAAAAGACUAUCUCAAAUCGAUAAGAUUCAGAAGGCUUACUCUGUCGCCCAAAAUGAAAUCGACACUUAUAAACAGUCGUGUGAUGAUCUUGAAACUCGAUGGUUAAAUCUACAACAAGUCUUAUCCAGUAUGGAAGCAAAAGACUUAUUAAAAGCAGCAUCAUCUUUAUCUCCACCAUCUUCCCCAUCUCUUUCGAGACCAUCUAAUCAGUUAAAACAAAUACGUAGUCAAAUGAUUGAACUACAAGCUGAAUUAUUAGAACUGACUAACUAUACGGCUUCUAAUCAAAAUUCAAAUGUAACUUUAACGCAUGAAUUAAAUCAGUUGGAAUCGUUACUUCAAUCAGUUGGUGAUCAAAAACCACAAGAGUCAAUUAGUAAGCUUCUAGAUGAUCUACAUUUAACAACGAAAAGACUGGAAACCAUUGGACAAGCCUUGGAAAUGAAUUUUGAAAUGUUUCAUGUCAAGGAUAUGGAUCAGUUCUCAAUUCAUUUUAUUAAAAAAUUGAACUUCAUAUAUGCUGAGUUGCAAAAUAUUCAAUCGAAUGUAAAUGAAAAUGAGAAGAUAGCUAAUUUAAAUUCAGAGACAACAAAACAACGAAUAGCAUAUUUUGAAGAAUUAUUAAAACAACUUAGCGAUUGUAAAUUAAAUCUAAAUGAUGCUCGUAUUGAAUUAACUGGUAAAAUGACAUCAUUAUCCGAUGAAAAGAAGCUAAGUCCAAUCUAUGCAAACUUCUCAACUACUCUGAAUCAGUAUGAACUUCAGUGUAAUAAUGUGGAGAAACAAAUUAAUCAACUAAUCUCUGCACUGAAUAAUCGAGUUAAACAAACUGAACAAUUGGCAACACUUCGUCAAAAUGUCAGUAGCUCAUUGAAAAAAGUUAGAGAAUCUCGUCAACAAUAUCCAGACAAAAAAUUCAGUCAAACAGAACUAGAUGAACUGAAUGCUGAUGUUCAAUCAUUGAAACAGUUGAGUGAAGAACUUUGUAAACCAGCAGAUAAAUCAUUGGACAGUCAGAUCAGUUCACAUCAAUUAGAGUAUGAAAUCAAAUCAAUAGAGAAUAUAAUUCGUGAUGAAUUGGCCAGUCCGUCGUCUGUUAUAGCGCCUGAUAAACAAGCUGAAAGGCUUAUAUCACAUUUACGUGAUACUCUCAUUGAGGUUCAACAUGAUCUCCAUAUACUCUCAAGCCAUUCAAAAUCAGAUAUGCUGUCAGUAGAUCAAGAUGUGAUCACCUCAAUACUCGAUGGUUAUUACACACUGAAUAGUCGUAUACUAGCCAGAAACGACAGUUUCGAACAACUAGAUAAGUUAAUUCAAUCUGUUAAUAAUGUGUCACGUCAGAAUAUAUUGAAUUCUGAAAAGGACCUACUGAAAACUGAUUAUGAUUCUGUGCAUAAAGAGAUACAGUUCAAUUUGAAUAAGUUUCGGUUGGCUAAUGAAAGUGAGAAAUUAUUUAAUCAACGAAUGCAUGAAAUAUCAAAGUGGAUAAAACAGAAACAAGAUUACCUGACUACGCCAUCAACAAUACAAGUGACCAAAACAACUCCUGGAAAUACAACAAUCCUAUCGGAUCUUUGUGAAGAACUAAAGAAAUUGAAAAAUUUAUCAGAAGAAAUUGAAAGUUAUCAGAAAAAUAUUGACGAAAUAAAAUUAAGCGGUGAACAGUUAUGCAAAUCAGGAGGACUUCUAGUAAAUGAAGAUUCUAUUCAAAAUCGACUGAGCAAUUUAAGUGACAUCUAUGAAGAAAUGAAAUCAGAUACUAAACGGAAAUUGAUUCUUCUAGAAUCAGCUCUACCAGUAGCCCAGUGUCUUACAUCUUCUGUAAACACGCUUAGCUUACGUAUGGCAACAGCAGAAUCACGCUUAGAUGCACUACUUGAAAGUGAUGCCAAAGAAAUUUACUCUGACCAGAUGCAGAAAUCAUUAAUAGAUCAAUUGGAAUUCGAAAUGGUCAACGCAUUAGAACCACAAUAUCAACAAGUUCAUGACUAUUGGGAUCAAUUAAAACAAAUUUGUAAGCCUAUUGAUUUAUUUACUAGCUCAUCAACGUUGACAACAUGUCUACCUAGUCAUUCGGAUGAAAAACUUGGACAUGUGGAACAAAUUGACAAUGAACUAAAAAGAUACGAGGAAUUCAACAGAAAGCUAACAGAUUUAGCCAGAAUCGUCGGUAGUAAUCGACAAAAAGCAAUAGAAUUAAUGGAUAAAUUAGAACCGAAAUCCGAAUGGUUAGAUUUAGCACUGAGACGUUGGGAUCCAAAAAUAUCUGACACACCUUCAUUAGAUUGGGAUGCCUAUUUAGAUGAAAGUAGCUUUAUGAUUGAUGAACCACCAGAACAAAUGCCAACAUUGAAUUCUCUUGGUACAGAGUACCCUUAUCUAGCUGUUUUAUCAUAUCAACCUGAUAUGCUUGAUAAACUUCAUGAAAGAAUGGAACAAUUUCAGGAAAACUGGAAAAAACGUCAAGGUGAAAUAAAUAAACUCUGUGAUGAAAUCUAUGAUGUUAUGCAGUUGUCAACAAGUUCCACAAGUCAUGCGCUAAUUACAAGUGGCACAGCUGUCACUUCACAGAAUCUCUCACCAUCUCAUAAAUCAAGCAAAUCUUUUGUACCAUUUACAACAGAUAAAUUCUAUCAUGAAUUAGGUGAUCUUGUAUCAAGUGUUUCAAAGCAAAUUAUCUCACUGGAUAACCGUCUUAGUCAAACAGAAAUCAGAUUUGCUGAAGUUUAUCCGUUGGCUAAGUGUUUUACAAAAGAUGUCAAUGAAUUUCAACAGUGGUUUCAACAAAUUGUCUCGAAAUAUGAAGAUGUCAGUAACUUACCUCAUUCUGACGAUGAUGAUCAUGACUUUGGCGGUAAUCGAAAAAGACUUGAAAGUAUUAAGAGUCUGGAUGAAGAAGUCAAUCGUCAAAAAUCUGUACUAGAUAGAAUUAUACGAACAAGUGGACCUUUGUUAUCCCUAAUCGCUCCAAAUGAAGCUAAUGCUGUCCACUCACAGAUUAAACAGAUCUGUGACUCCUACACCAAUUUACGUAAAUUAAUUAAAAGUCGAGUGAUUAACGCAGAAACCGGUUUGAAACAAUCAGAUGAAUUUGUCGAACAGUUACAUUCAAUGACAGACCUAUUUGCUGCUAUUUCUGAACAAGCUGUUCGUUUAGGUGUACCAUUAGAAAUAACUGGUACCACUGUUAAACCAUCUAUAUCGUCACACCAUCAAACUCAAAUACCAGAACAGUUACUAGACCAACAUCAGGCGUUAGAUAUGCUGGGUAGAAUACAUUCAAUGACAAGUGUUCAACCAGAUCAUUUAGAGGAACAUAUAAGUGGAACUUCAGCUUUAAUGGAAGCAUUGGAAUCUCGUCUGCCUGAAUUAGAGGCUCUUACUGUAAGUAUUAGAGCCCAGCUAGAAACAAAACCCACUGUCAAGGAAUCAACUAAAAAGCGUGAAUCAGGAACAGUAGAACUGAUUGAGUCAGUGGACUUAGAAGCAGACCAAUUAUUUGCUUUACAGCAUUCCAUCCUGAAGAAUGCAGAAAAACUACAAACCGAUUGGGUACACCUUCAGAAUAAACUAACUGCACGUGUCAACACAUUGCAAUCAGCCUACAGAACAUCAUCUGAACAAUUUUGGCCAGUUAUAAGUGAUCUAAGAAAUAAAUUAGAUCAAAUUAAAGAAGCAUUAAACAUUAUUGCAACUGGUUGUAGUAGAAAUGAUCCAUGUACUCGACGCGAUCCACUUGAUCCUAAAAGUUAUAAAGAACAAUAUCAGGAGUUAGAUGAUUUAAGAGAAGAAUUGGAUGAUGUUAAUCAACAACUGAACAAAUCAUAUGAAGCUGGACAACGCUUAAUUCGUCUAAUUAACGGUCAAUCUGAUGAUAAGCCAACCAAAGUAACUGAUAGUUUUAUUUUAAGACGAGAUGAAGAACAAGCUAUACGUAAUGAAGUUGAUUAUGCCCUGCAUGGUUUAAAAGUACAACAAGAACAUCUUGUUAAUAAGUGUAAACAUUUGACUAAAGAAUUAAAUGAACGUGAGUUGUGCGCUUCACGAUUUAAGUCUGAUUUAGAAAAUUUAUUAAAAUGGUUGACAGAACAAGAGAAUAUCUGGGAUAAUUUCGCGCCUAUAUCAAAUAAUGUUGAGACUGUUACCAAACAACUGAAUGAAAUUGUUCAGUGGAACGACAAUUUAAUGAACAAACACGCUGAGGUAGAAGCGUUAAAUUGGUCAGCCGGAAAGCUUAUGUCUAAUACAGAUAAUGAAUGUUUUACUUUGGAUGACACAAGUGAUGAUGGAUCAUUCCCAGUUCAACAGAGUUCCUCCUUGCAGUCUGAUUUGACUGCAGCUAACCGACGAUGGGAUAACUUACUAGAUUCGGGAAACAGUAGACGUCAUCGUCUACAGACUGUUCUUCUUGGUCUAGGUGAAUUCGAAAGUGCCAUAGAUGGAUUAGUCAAGUGGAUUCAACAAAUGCAAACAACUGUUGAUCAGAUACCUGUACGUCGUGGAAAUAUUCGAGGACUGGAGGCUGAUUUAGCACGAAUCAAAGUCAUUCAUCAUAAUAUUAACAGUCAUCAAUUGUCUGUUGUAAGAAUACAAGAACAAGCAAGAAAACUGGAAUAUAAUGAACACAAGAAGAAAGACAAAUCACCUGCAAAUGAUGAUAUUAACAAAGACGAUAAGACAAAACAACAAAUUUCAGAAGCCAAAACAUUAGAUCUGCGAAAUAAAAUUAUUCAAAUGAAUAAAGCAUGGGAAUAUUUGAAAUUAAGUGUACGCAAUAAACAAGCUGCUCUGGAAGAAGCAUUAAGUGAGACUUUUAACUUCCACGGUCAACUGGACAAGCUCAUACGCCGUACCCGCCAACUAAAAAACCGGAUGCCACUACCAGGUGCACGUAUUAUGGGUGGUUUACCUGACAGUGCACGUGAUCAGCUACGCCGCUUCAUGGAAGUUUAUGAUGAACUUAUUGAAGUUGGUACAGAGUUGGAUGAACUGCGUCGAAACUCAGCUGCUCUGUUAGUCAAUCAGUCUACUUUAGAGUCAACUGAUCAUUUAAUUGCGAAUCUAGAUCGCUUCUCUGAUCAUCAUGCCCAACUGGUACAACAAGCUCAAAGUAUUCGUGAGAAGAUGGAAUUAGGUUUGAGACAGGUAGAAGAAUUUCAUGAUCACCUAUCUCAAAUGAUGCAGUGGUUAACACAAAUGGAGCGUGCUAUUAUACAACAGAAACCAGUCAGUCGAAUUGUAGCACGUCUAUUCCAACUGAUUCGUGACCAUACGGAACUACGUAAAGAGAUCACUGGACACCGGGAUGCCUUAAUUAAUCUGGACCGUUUGGGCAGUCAGAUUCAGUGUCAAGCACAAAAGCAAGAUGUUAUCUUAGUGAAAAACCUUUUGUCUAGCAUUCACACGAGAUGGGAGCAAUUAGUUUCACGUAGUGCAGAACGUACACGUCAACUAAACACCGGUCUUAAGGAAGCGACUAAUUUCCUUGAUAACUGGACAACAUUAACUGACUGGUUGAAAGAGCAAUUAGCUGCAUUAGAAGAAGACGGUGAUCGUGUGGCUACAAGACCAGAGAAGGUGGCUUACCAAUUAGCAUUACACCGUGAAUUACAGCGGCAGUUAAGUACACGUACUGUAACCUAUGAUGCAGUACGUCGCUAUGCUAGACAGCUACGCGAUAGAGCCCCAGUAUGUGAUCAUGAUGAAUUAGAUGAUAUGGUCAGUGAACUGAAACAUCUGUGGCAAGCAGUGUGUGCAAAAGCACUAACCAGACAACGUGUUUUGGAACAAGCUCUUCUAGCAGCUGGUUUGUAUAAAGAGGCACUAGAAGCUUUACUUGAUUGGUUAGGAAAAAUUGAACCACAGUUAGCUGAACAACAGACUGGAAUUUAUGGUGAUGUGGAUACUGUAGAGCAACUAUUAGAAUCUCAUCAUCGCUUCAAAGCUGAAUUGGAACAACGUGCUACAUCAGUGAAGUUAAUACGUCAAGCUGCCAAUGAUCUAAUGACUAAGGCUGCAUCAUCCAAUACAGAUUCAGGGAUUUCUUCAUCGACUGGAAAUCAAGCUGAUGUUAUUGCUAUGCAAUCGCAAUUAAAUCACUUAACUAAAAUAUGGGAUCGUGUUCAGAAUUUAUCUCAACGUCGAAGUGAACGACUAGAUCAAGCUUUGAAAAUGGCUGAACAAUUUCAGGAUACUUGUCGAAGUCUAAUGGAUUAUUUUGCAGGUGCAGAACGUGUUAUUCAUCGUUUAGCUGCUUUGCCUACCUUUGAUGACGAUGAAGAAUUGGAAGGUGAAACUGUUGCAACGCAUGCUGACGGUCCACCGAUUAAUCUGACUAAUGCAAUUACCGCUCAUCAGCAAACACACGCAAAUUUAAUGAAUCAGGCUGAUCGUGUUGAAGCUGCUUUACAGUUGGGCAAUAAACUUCUAUCUCAGGCUCAUCCAGCAGCUGUGAAACGUUUACGUCAGUGGGUGAAUACUAUCCGUACGCGUUGGGAAGAGUUAACAUCUUGGUCAGAACAACGUGGAGAACGUUUACAACAAGCACUAGAAGAACAGCAUAAAAGAAAGAUUCAGUGUGACGAACUUAUGAGAUGGAUUAACUCGAAAAUUAAUGGACUGAAGAAUAUUUCAGUCUCACUGCCAGAAUCUUUAGCAUCUUCGUCAACAAAUCUACAUUCAGCAAAAAGUAAACUUGACUCUGAGGAAUCGAAUCACACUGGACAAUCUCUGGAUAACAAAGACUUAUUCUCUGCCACACAAGAACGAAUCGCCUUAUCUUCUGCAGCCUCUUUAAUACCUGUGCCUACUGGUAGUAGUAAAAAUUUAAAACAGUCAGAAAAUGUAGCAGACUCAACACUGAUUAUCAAUGAAAUUACUGAACCUUCAAUUGUUGAACAUUUACUCCGUUUACAUGGUCAAUUAGAAGAAGAAAUCAAACAAAAGCAGCCAAUUUAUGAAGAAAUAGUCAAACAUGCUAAACGACGCACUCCAGUUAAAUCAGCAAAUACAUCUAAUACUCGUCGAGGUCGUAUGUCUAUGCGAUCUGGAGGAACACGGUUGAAUCGUACACCCAGUUCAACAAAUCAACAACAGCAUAGUCCAAUUGUAUCUAUUUUUACUUCAUCAAAUAUUAAUCAGUUAUAUUCAAGUUGGAGAGAACUAUGGUUAGCUAUGUUAGCGCGCAAAUCUCAUCUGAAUGAACGUCUUGCCUACUUAAAUGAAAUGGAAAAAAUGAAAGAUUUUCAAUUUGAAUCAUGGCGUCAACGUUAUGUUUCAUGGUUAAGUGCAAAUAAAGCACGUGUUAUUGACUUGUUUCAUCGUAAAGAUCGUGAUCGUGAUGGUCGACUUACAAGGGCUGAAUUUAUCGAUGGUAUUAUAGAAAUGAAAUUUCAAACGAGUCGUGUUGAAAUGGAAGCAGUUGCAGAUAUAUUCGACGCCAACGGUGAUGGUUAUAUUGAUUAUCGCGAAUGCUUAAAUGCCCUAAGGACCAACUAUAUAAAUCUAGACAGAGCAUCAUCCUCCAAUACAACAGGCGGUAGUUCGUUGAGUUUGAAUCGUUUUGGUCCGUCAGACGAAGAGACUAUUAAUGAUGAAUUAAGACGUCAAGUGGGUCUUUGUACAUGUCAUAAUACAUAUAAGAUUAGAAAAAUGGCAACAAAUAAGUAUCGGUUUGGAGAUUCACAAAAGUUAUGCCUAGUUCGUAUUCUUCGCAGUGCUGUUAUGGUUCGUGUUGGCGGUGGUUGGGUAGCAUUGGAUGAGUUCUUAGUGAAAAAUGAUCCUUGUCGAGAUGCUUGUGAACGCUUGACUAGUAUAGCUGAUCUGGCUAAAGCAGCUGGUGUUGGUAGAAGUUCCUACUGGCUUCCUCCUCCUUUCCCUCAACACUUCCCAUCUUCUUCUUCUUCUUCUGCAACACGAACAGCAAUAGUGAAUCCAUCUAGUCGAUCUGAUGUUACUCGUCAUACACGUAAUCAUUCUGCAUUGAGUUCAAAUAGUAGUUGUAGUGGUAGUGGUGCUGGCAUUGAUUCUAGUACAAAUAGUUCUGCAAAUAAAAAUCCUACUUUAAAAGGGACACACAAUAGUUCACGUUCAAAAUCUGUCAGUAAACGUUCACGUUAUGAUUCGCAUAAUUUAUAUCAGCUAACGAUGAAUGGUCCAGGACAAGACAAUGCAUUUUACUUAGUUAUGCCAAGUACAAAGCCAAAUCCGACAAAUCAUAGUAACUGUAGUAAUAGUUCAAAUACGCUUAAAAGCAAACAGCGAUCAUCUAUGCGGAAAUAA